CUAGUAAUCGCCAAUAUAGUCUGUUGGUUCAUGUCUAAACCUCCCCAUGGUGGCUACCUGGUGUAUGACAACAUAGAAGAAUGUAGUCUUGUCUCUUGCUGCGUGAAGAUAGGCAAGACGCAUUUUCAUUAAUAUGAUAUGCUGCCACGUUGUGUCUCUGUCGUUGGUAAUGCCUACUACUAUUAUUAUUAUAUCUCUUUCAUUAGUGAAAUUACUAUUGUUACAGAUAUCGACGACAUCCAUCAAGCGGCAUGUCUCAAACACUUGAAGAUAUUCUCAACGGACCAGCCCUUCAACCACCCGCUGGGGAGGUUCCCAACUUUGUCAACCCACGGAAUGAUAAUACAGUUGCAUCUUUAACAUAUGUAUUGUGUGUACUCGCAACGACGCUUGGCCUUAUCAUACGUGCGUAUGCUAAGUUUUCCGGCGGAAAGACAAUUGAACUCGAGGAUGUUCUCGCUUUCAUCGGCCUGGGGACAUUCUACGGGAGUGUUUGGUGUGGCUUCCACAUUAUGUCUACAAAUGGCGCUUUCGUACAUCAGUGGAAUAUUCGGGUGAAAGACUCCGUUGGGAUUUUCUAUAUCCAUCAUAUCGGGUAUAACCUGUGUGCUACUACGUUGGGCAUUGGGAAGGCAAUUAUCCUUAUAGAGUGGAACCGCAUCUUUGUCACUCGUGGUACCAGAAACACGUUUUAUUACAUGUGCAAAAUUCUCUUGACUUUCAGCACUCUAAAUCAUAUUGCGUUUAUCGUUGCCGAGAACAUGUCCUGCUUCCCGUACCAGAAGAUAUGGGAUCCGACGGUGGUGGAAGGAUACUGCAUCAACCCACGGAUUUAUCAGGUUCCUGGAGUUAUCAUUCCCCCAGUAUAUGACGCGAUCAUUCUUAUACUUCCUCAGAGGGCUAUCUGGAACCUAAAGAUGUCAACUAAGAACAAGAUUGGAGUGUCCAUUUUAUUCCUCGUCGGCUUAUUGGGGCUAGGAGCGUCGAUUGCUCGCGCCGAUACGAUGUUCGAUUUUCUUGAAUCUAAGGAUAAAACAUAUACGAUCAGCGGUGUAUACCUCUGGACUUUGGCAGAGAUGACCUGUUACUAUCUAGCGUUCUGUGCCCCCUGGGCGCCUAGAGCGAUUGCCAAUAGGGGCAUGAUCUAUCGCGCUUUCAAUCCCCUCCUGUCCCACAUAGGGCUACCUCAAAAACUGGAAGCCGCGGCCGCAACACAUUCAUGGCCGUCCAAACCGACACCCGCAGCGACUAACUGUUGGGACACGGGCAGGAUUUACCAGAGAAUCAGGGACCCCGCAAUGGCCUUAGCAAAACUUCCAUCAAACACCAGCACAAAUAAUCAAGAGGAGGGUGCAGCUGUACCUAAUGGAGGCAUUCUUAUGACAACUGAGAUUACAAUUGCUAUGGAUCAUGUAGAGGAAGACGUAGGCCUUGAUUACCCCUGGAGCACUGGUAGGAGGAUUCGAAGAGGGAAAGCAAAUCGCGGGUAAUGUUGGGUGUUUUCCAUAUGUACAAGUUAUAAUUCAAAUAUCCAUCUCGUAUAGGGCUACAUAAGUUGUACUGCCAUGGCGCCUUGAAGACAAUGCGCGCUUAUUGGCCGGCUCUGUUUCCUUUUCUUUUUUUUCCCCCGUUAACUGUUGGAACUGUAUGAUAGGCAGAGAUAAAUGCAGGAUCAGGCGAUUGCAACCAACGAUUUAUUCUGACCCAACCAACGUGAAGUUCACGUUGGUUGUCACUUCACGUCGUGAAGUGACAGACACGUAAUAUCACAUAGCCCGCCUACCUAGGUAUAUAUGAAUGUGGUAACCAGAUAGUUAUGCUGUUCUAAGUAGGCUGCGUGAAUGAGUUAUCACUUUUCGCAAUAAAGCCGAGGGCGUUAUAUUGAAUUUACGGUAGUAUUUGUGCUCCCCCCCCCC